AUGUGCACUUGCAUACGCCCACCAGAGAAUUCUCCACCUGGAACUCCGCUCCAGCCUGUAUCUGGCUUUGGGCCUCUCGUACAGGCAGCUGGCUGGCAUCUUUUGGCCACUGAUCAUGACGUCGGAGCCAAUGCACGCAUCGAGUACCGCCUGGCCGGAGUCCCGACCGAGGAUGGUGCAGAAGUGACUGGGGUCACUAACUUCAGUAUUGACGCGGCUUCAGGUGUGAUCUCGACCCGCGUCGUCUUUGAUCGUGAGGAGGCAGAAACCUAUCAAAUUCAGGUUUUCGCCGUAGAUCACGGCAGUCCACGUCUCACGGGAACUGGCACUGUACAACAGAAGCCUGCUCCGUAG